AUGUCAUGGCCAGAGAACCACGAUAUACACAACGACCGACGAUUUGAUAGUGCCACCAGCCUUUUACUCGCAGCUCUCCCCCAGCUUUUGGGCACUAGCAGCACUGCAAGUGAAGAAAGCAGCACAUAUGGGUCCUCAAAAUCAGGACCCUGGGCUCCAUUUGAUCGUGACAAGCAUCAGUGGGAAACCCCGGACGUUAUCACUUGUGUGCAGUGCACAAAACCAUUCCGGGGCCGGUUCCAGCAUGGUAACUUAGCACGUCACAUUAAACAUAGCCAUGGAGCUGUUGAACUACAAUACCCUUGCUUUGUCUCUGGAUGCAACAAGUCUUAUAAGCGUACGGACGCCCGACUGAAGCAUAUUCGCAAACAACAUCCCGAGUCCCACUCUGCAUCCAUAAGCGACCACAAGGAAGUGGAUGACGUUGAGAUCGUUGCAGUCGGAAGCCACUUUGAUGAACCGGAACACCUUCAUUCAUCGAACAAGGCCAAGUGCGCUGCCCACCAGGGCUCGCCUCCAACACAGCCCUAUGCUCUUUCCUCGACCGAAGCGAUGUCGGAGCUUCACAUCGCCCGUAUGGUUCUCACGGCUCUAUACAAUGAUUUGGGCGAUGAAUAUCCGGCUUACGUCGCACAUUAUCUUUCUAGUUGGUCUAGCAAAGUCGAACAGAUGCGUUUGGAUAGGGCUCGCGAUUAUGCAGCUUAUCCGAUGCUCAGAAUUAUCGAGCCCAUGUCGGCCAGCAGACCACUCCACACAGGAAAAACAGCUUGGCAGCAGGCUCAAGUGCAGGCGGCCGCCUAUCCAAAGGCCAAAUAUCAAAGGGCAAAGGCCGCGCCAUACGCGACAAGAGCAAGAGCUCCAGUCAGACUUCGGUCGCCGUCAAGGACAAUGCCCGGGAUGCGAAAGCAUACUCCAUUGGAUGCCCAUGCCACCAGCGAUGGCUUCUCAGACGCAAUAUAA